ACCACAGCAGCUCCAACCACAACUACAGCAGCUGCAACAACAACCACAACUACUGCAGAACCAACAACCACCACAGCAGCUCCAACCACAACUACAGCAGCUGCAACAACAACUACAGCAACACCAACCACAACAACAGCAGUUCCAACCACAACUACUGCAGUUCCAACCACAACCACAGCAGCUGCAACCACAACAACAGAAGCAACAACAACAACCACAGCAGUUCCAACCACAACUACAGCAGCACCAACUACCACCACAGCAGCUCCAACCACAACUACAGCAGCACCAACAACCACCACAGCAGCUCCAACGACAACUACAGCAGCUCCAACAACAACCACAGCAGUUGCAACCACAACCACAGCUGUACCAACCACAACUACAGAAGCACCAACCACCACCACAGCAGCUCCAACCACAACAACAGUAGCUCCAACAACAACCACAGCAGUUCCAACCACAACUACAGCAGAACCAACAACCACCACAGAAGCUCCAACCACAACAACAGCAGUUCCAACAACAACCACAGCUGCUCCAACCACAACUACAGCAGAACCAACAACCACCACAGCUGCUCCAACCACAACAACAGCAGUUCCAACCACAACUACUGCAGAACCAACAACCACCACAGCAGCUCCAACCACAACUACAGCAGCUGCAACAACAACUACAGCAACACCAACCACAACAACAGCAGUUCCAACCACAACUACUGCAGAACCAACAACCACCACAGCAGCUCCAACCACAACUACAGCAGCUGCAACAACAACUACAGCAGAACCAACAACCACCACAGCAGAUCCAACAACAACUACAGCAGCACCAACCACCACCACAGCAGCUCCAACCACAACAACAGUAGCUCCUACGACAACAACAGCAACACCAACCACCACCACAGCAGCUCCAACCACAACAACAGCAGUUCCAACCACAACUACUGCAGAACCAACAACCACCACAGCAGUACCAACCACAACGACAGAAGCACCAACAACAACCACAGCAGUUCCAACCACAACUACAGCAGCUGCAACGACAACUACAGGAGCUCCAACCACAACUACAGCAGCUGCAACCACAACUACAGCAGCACCAACAACAACCACAGUAGUUCCAACAUCCACCACAGCAGCACCAACGACCACCACAGAAGCUCCAACCACAACUACAGAAGCACCAACAACCACCACAGCUGCUCCAACCACAACAACAGCAGUUCCAACCACAACUACUGCAGAACCAACAACCACCACAGCAGCUCCAACCACAACUACAGCAGCUGCAACAACAACUACAGCAACACCAACCACAACAACAGCAGUUCCAACCACAACUACAACAACCACCACAGCUGCUCCAACCACAACAACAGCAGUUCCAACCACAACUACUGCAGAACCAACAACCACCACAGCAGCUCCAACCACAACUACAGCAGCUGCAACAACAACUACAGCAACACCAACCACAACAACAGCAGUUCCAACCACAACAACAGAAGCACCAACAACAACCACAGCAGUUCCAACCACAACCACAGCAGCUGCAACCACAACAACAGAAGCAACAACAACAACCACAGCAGUUCCAACCACAACUACAGCAGCACCAACUACCACCACAGCAGCUCCAACCACAACUACAGCAGCACCAACAACCACCACAGCAGCUCCAACGACAACUACAGCAGCUCCAACAACAACCACAGCAGUUGCAACCACAACCACAGCUGUACCAACCACAACUACAGAAGCACCAACCACCACCACAGCAGCUCCAACCACAACAACAGUAGCUCCAACAACAACCACAGCAGUUCCAACCACAACUACAGCAGAACCAACAACCACCACAGAAGCUCCAACCACAACAACAGCAGUUCAAACAACAACCACAGCUGCUCCAACCACAACUACAGCAGAACCAACAACCACCACAGCUGCUCCAACCACAACAACAGCAGUUCCAACCACAACUACUGCAGAACCAACAACCACCACAGCAGCUCCAACCACAACUACAGCAGCUGCAACAACAACUACAGCAACACCAACCACAACAACAGCAGUUCCAACCUCAACUACUGCAGUUCCAACCACAACCACAACUACAGUAGCUCCUACGACAACAACAGCUGCUCCAACCACAACAACAGCAGUUCCAACCACAACUACUGCAGAACCAACAACCACCACAGCAGUACCAACCACAACGACAGAAGCACCAACAACAACCACAGCAGUUCCAACCACAACUACAGCAGCUGCAACGACAACUACAGGAGCUCCAACCACAACUACAGCAGCUGCAACCACAACUACAGCAGCACCAACAACAACCACAGUAGUUCCAACAUCCACCACAGCAGCACCAACGACCACCACAGAAGCUCCAACCACAACUACAGAAGCACCAACAACCACCACAGCUGCUCCAACCACAACAACAGCAGUUCCAACCACAACUACUGCAGAACCAACAACCACCACAGCAGCUCCAACCACAACUACAGCAGCUGCAACAACAACUACAGCAACACCAACCACAACAACAGCAGUUCCAACCACAACAACAGAAGCACCAACAACAACCACAGCAGUUCCAACCACAACCACAGCAGCUGCAACCACAACAACAGAAGCAACAACAACAACCACAGCAGUUCCAACCACAACUACAGCAGCACCAACUACCACCACAGCAGCUCCAACCACAACUCCAGCAGCACCAACAACCACCACAGCAGCUCCAACGACAACUACAGCAGCUCCAACAACAACCACAGCAGUUGCAACCACAACCACAGCUGUACCAACCACAACUACAGAAGCACCAACCACCACCACAGCAGCUCCAACCACAACAACAGUAGCUCCAACAACAACCACAGCAGUUCCAACCACAACUACAGCAGAACCAACAACCACCACAGAAGCUCCAACCACAACAACAGCAGUUCCAACAACAACCACAGCUGCUCCAACCACAACUACAGCAGAACCAACAACCACCACAGCUGCUCCAACCACAACAACAGCAGUUCCAUCCACAACUACUGCAGAACCAACAACCACCACAGCAGCUCCAACCACAACUACAGCAGCUGCAACAACAACUACAGCAACACCAACCACAACAACAGCAGUUCCAACCACAACGACUGCAGAACCAACAACCACCACAGCAGCUCCAACCACAACUACAGCAGCUGCAACAACAACUACAGCAGAACCAACAACCACCACAGCAGAUCCAACAACAACUACAGCAGCACCAACCACCACCACAGCAGCUCCAACCACAACAACAGUAGCUCCUACGACAACAACAGCAACACCAACCACCACCACAGCAGCUCCAACCACAACAACAGCAGUUCCAACCACAACUACUGCAGAACCAACAACCACCACAGCAGUACCAACCACAACGACAGAAGCACCAACAACAACCACAGCAGUUCCAACCACAACUACAGCAGCUGCAACGACAACUACAGGAGCUCCAACCACAACUACAGCAGCUGCAACCACAACUACAGCAGCACCAACAACAACCACAGUAGUUCCAACAUCCACCACAGCAGCACCAACGACCACCACAGAAGCUCCAACCACAACUACAGAAGCACCAACAACCACCACAGCUGCUCCAACCACAACAACAGCAGUUCCAACCACAACUACUGCAGAACCAACAACCACCACAGCAGCUCCAACCACAACUACAGCAGCUGCAACAACAACUACAGCAACACCAACCACAACAACAGCAGUUCCAACCACAACUACAGCAGCUGCAACAACAACUACAGCAGAACCAACAACAACUACAGCAGCACCAACCACCACCACAGCAGCUCCAACCACAACAACAGUAGCUCCUACGACAACAACAGCAACACCAACCACCACCACAGCAGCUCCAACAACCACCACAGCAGUACCAACCACAACGACAGAAGCACCAACAACAACCACAGCAGUUCCAACCACAACUACAGCAGCUGCAACGACAACUACAGCAGCUCCAACCACAACUACAGAAGCACCAACAACCACCACCACAGCAGUACCAACCACAACGACAGAAGCACCAACAACAACCACAGCAGUUCCAACCACAACUACAGCAGCUGCAACGACAACUACAGGAGCUCCAACCACAACUACAGCUGCUCCAACCACAACAACAGUAGCUCCUACGACAACAACAGCAGCACCAACCACCACCACAGCAGCACCAACCACAACUACAGCAGCUGCAACCACAACUACAGCAGCACCAACAACAACCACAGUAGUUCCAACAUCCACCACAGCAGCACCAACGACCACCACAGAAGCUCCAACCACAACUACAGAAGCACCAACAACCACCACAGCUGCUCCAACCACAACAACAGCAGUUCCAACCACAACUACAGCAGCUCCAACCACAACUACAGUAGCUCCUACGACAACAACAGCAACACCAACCACCACCACAGCAGCUCCAACCACAACAACAGUAGCUCCUACGACAACAACAGCAACACCAACCACCACCACAGCAGCUCCAACAACCACCACAGCAGUACCAACCACAACGACAGAAGCACCAACAACAACCACAGCAGUUCCAACCACAACUACAGCAGCUGCAACGACAACUACAGGAGCUCCAACCACAACUACAGCUGCUCCAACCACAACAACAGAAGCUCCUACGACAACAACAGCAGCACCAACCACC